AUGCCUCCUAAAGGAAAACGUUUAAGGAAUGAUGUUGUAUCAUCAAGUUCCAGUAUGCAAGCAGAGUCCCCACAAACCUUUGUUCCUUCAUCAAUUCCUACUGAACCACAUUUUCCAAAUCGUCCAUCUCAUUUAGGACGUGAGUCCAGUAGGAAAUGGACUGUGCAAGCUAUAGAUGAAGAAGGAAAUGAAAAGAAAAUUCAAUUGACAACAUCAAGUGUGUUUGAGAUGAAUGAUGGUCAACGCAUAAUAGUGCCAUUUGAUACACAAAUGCAAGCCUAUGGGGAAGUCGCAACACUUUUUUCGAAAGUAUGUGGACGUAUUGCCACUGAUUGCAACAAUGUUCCUAUUAAUUACGAAAGAUGGGAUAAAGUACCUGAUCCAUACAAGGAUGAAUGCUAUGAUAGUUUGAAGGCUCCAGAAACAAUUGCCAAGCGUUAUUGUCUUCUUACCUUAGGAAGAAGGUUCAGGAACGGCAAGUCAAAGUUAUGGAAAUCAGCUAAGCAGUUAAAGCUUCCUAGAGAUCAACUAAUUGCAAAAGUCCCUGCUGGUGUUCCUAAAGAUCAAUGGUCGUCAUUUGUAGACUAUCAUCUGAAACCAAGUUAUAAGGAAGUAGAGGUCGGACGUCCUGUGAGUCGAGGCGAGCUAUAUAUUGAAACUCACAAGAAUGACAAGGCAAAGGCUAUAGUGGACCAAAUAUAUGAAGAAUUAAGCCAGAGCACCAGUUCCACUGAAAUUUCAACAAAUGAUGCUAUUGCAAAAGUUUUUGGACCAGAGCACUCUGGUCGUGUACGUGGUUUAGGCCUAGGUGGUCUUCCUAGCAUUGCAUUUGGACCCACAAGUAGACGAUUCAAUCCGAUAGGCUCUACUUUCUCAAGUACAGAUUCAGCUGAAAGUUCUCGGUUGAGGGAAGAGGUUACUUCGUUGAAGACCAAGUUAGCAGCAUCUGAGGAGAGUGUCAAGACAUUACAGACAGUAAUGCUUGCAUAUAUACAAAUGAAGGAAGGACAAAUUCCUCCAGAGUUAGAUGCUUUGUUUGGACGAAGGGAGUGAAGAAGCUAUCCCUACACGUGGAAGGUCUUCAUUAGAUAGUAAUUACCCUUAAUUUGAGCUAUGUGAAUUCAAUAUUUUUCUUAUGAUUUUAGAUUCUGUAAAAUGAUCGAUGCAUCAUUAAAGAC